AUGACUGAAACUUCGAUCCCUACAUACAGCGAGCGAUUCAAGGCUGCGGAUGCGGAUCUGACCAUCUCAUCGUCCGACAACGUACUCUUCAAGGUGCACCGGAAGAAUCUCGAAAUCUACUCGGACAUCUUCCCUGGGACUGACGUCCCUGUGAACAACGAAGUCGUACCCCUGUCGGAGAAGGCGUCGACACUGGAGCUACUCUUUCAGUACAUGUAUCGGCAGCGACAGCCCGACUUGAACAAAAUCGACGCGGAUGAGCUUGCGAUGCUGGCGGAGGCGGCGGAGAAGUACUCCGUCUAUGCGGCGAUGGAAGUGUGCAAGUUGUGCAUGCAGUCUGCGAUCCAAAAGAUGCCACUGUUGGUGAUGGGAUACGCAGCGAGGCAUGGAUAUGAGAGCCUUUGCGAGGAAGCGGCUCCGCACACUGUACAGGCACAGGCUGCCGAUGCUUUCAAGCACCUGGAUGGAGGGUGCUUUGCUAGUUGGGUCCUCUACCGCGAACAUUGGCUAGAAAUCCUGUACGACAUCCACUGUCCACCUCGCUCCCCGAUGCUGCACAAGGGAGGUCUACCGGAGUGCCCCCUUUGGCUCCCCUUUCAAUGGCGUGUCGUGCAAGACAUCGGAGGUUCGCUGGCUCGUCUCCAACAGUCCAGUCCGUCAGCGACACUGGAUGAGCACCGACAUCUGCUGGACGAUUGCAAACAAUGCAAUGCACGCGCUGAUCUCUGGAUACACGCGAUAGUGUGGAAGCUAGCGGACAUACCGACGUUCGACCUCGCGCUUCGAGCCUUGGCGUAG